AUGCGCGCAGUAGCUCAACUCGGACAAGCUCACAAUGUCUUUGUUAUCGACAUACCUAUUCCUACUAUUCUUAAUGCUACGGAUGUCAUUGUCAAGAUCAAUGCGACUGCAAUCUGUGGCAGCGAUCUCCAUACCUACCAUGUCGCUUCUGGGUCACCCGAUACACCACUUCUCUAUGGGCAUGAGGCCAUUGGCUACAUCACGGAGAUUGGCGAUGCCGUACAGUUCCUCAAUGUGGGCGACUAUGUGAUCAUUCCAGACAAUCUCGACAACGGACACUAUACCGUUGAGCCCGACCAUUACACUGUCCCUAUCGGUUUCGGUGGUGUACAGGACGGCACACCCGAGGCGCCCCUGCCAGGAUUGCAGACCGAAUACGCGAGAGUACCAUUCGCCGACAACUCAUUGAUCCCCAUCCCCGUCAACUCGUCUACCUCCCAAUCGACCCUCUUCAACUAUCUCUUCAUCACGGAUAUCUUCUCCACAGCAUGGACCGGCGUGACCUGGUCAGGCUUCCAACCAGGCGACUCAAUCGCAGUCUUCGGCGCCGGUCCAGUCGGUCUUCUCGCAGCCUACUCGGCCAUUCUCCGUGGUGCCUCUCGCGUCUACAUUGUAGACGACGUCCAACAACGUCUCGAUCUUGCAGAAUCCAUCGGUGCUAUCCCCAUCAACUUCAACACUUCCGACCCUGUAGAGCAAAUUUUCGCUCUCGAACCCAUGGGUGUACGCAGGGGUGUUGAAGCUGUCGGCUAUGAAGCCCGCUUCCCGAAUGGCACAAUGGACGAAUCCCUCACUCUCCGUCAACUCGUCAACGUCACUGCAAACCAAGGCGGUAUCGGCGUUGUCGGCCUUCGCAACAAUGGAACGUACAACUUUGAUAUUGGCACCGUGUUUAACAAAGCUUUGACCAUUCAAGGAGGUAUAGUUUUGCCUUUGCAAAAAGUGGCUUCGGAACUUGUGCCAUUGGUCGCUUCUGGCAGAGCGAACCCGAGUUUUAUUGUUAGUGCUGUGAUUGAUAUUGAAGAGGCUCCAGAGUAUUAUGCUAGAUUUGACAAUCAUGAGGAGAGCAAGGUCGUCAUCAGAUUUUGA